AUGGCGGAGCAAAAUACCAAAGGUCCCAAGGCUGGUCAAAAAGUAGCCCUCGUCACUGGAGCUGGAGUCGGAGGCAUAGGAGGCUCACUCGCCAUCGAGCUGCAUUCAGCUGGUUACUUUGUCAUCUGCGCUGUGCGACGGCCCUCCAGCGCCAGCGAGCUCUUGAGGCCGGGCAUGAUGGCCAUUGAGCUCGACGUCUCGUCGACCGAUUCCGUAUCGGCCGCAGUGAACAAGGUCUCUUCCAUCGCAAACGACAAGCUCCAUGUUCUCAUCAACAAUGCAGGCUCCGCGACGCACCGGCCGGCUUUGGACCUCGAUGUCGAUGGUGUCGUGGCCUCCAUGUUUGAUGUCAACGUCCUGGGCGUCAUGCGAAUGGUCAAGGGCUUCUCGGACCUUUUGAUCAAUGCAAGAGGAUGCAUUGUGAACAUUGGUAGCAUUGCACCAAUCGUGCCGCUGGUCUAUUCCUCAGCCUACAAUGCCAGCAAAGCAGCACUUCAUGCCUAUGGUGACUCGCUCCGCAUGGAGCUUAAGCCUUUCGGGUACUAUGCAUUCCGCUUCCGCGAGGACAGCCCAUCUCUCCCCGAGGGCUCGCGGUACCUCCCCCUGCAGGAUUCCUGGCUGCACCGAGUGACAAUGUCUCAAAAGGGAGCAAUGGAUACCGAUGAGUACGCACGCAAGGUUGUAGGCAUGAUCCAGAAGAAGAGCAAACCCAUUUGGUUCUGGAGCGGAGGUUCCGUUUCUAUUGCCUGGUUCAUGUAUUACUUUGUUCCACGGAGCGUGAGACUUUUCGUAAUGGCUAGACGCUUUGGGCUGAUUGGGAAGAAGCUUCUUUGA